ACAAUAACUGCUGUUCAAGUAAAUUGGUUGCCGCAAAAACAAAACUAUAAACUCGAAUGAUACACAGCUUCAUAUUUAGAGGGUGGAACAAACGAUGAGUCGCAUAGAGUCGGAGGUAAAAUUUUCACAAAGAAGAAUUAAACACGUGGAAAAAUAUUUUGGUUUAAUUUGUGAUGUUCUUGGAUCUAUCACCAGAAAGAAUGCAAGACUUAGAGAUAAAGGCGAUAUGUUGUGUAAACACCUGAUGAGUUAUGUGGAGGCAGAGACGAUCAAUUCUUCGAGUAGUGCCUCUAUCAGGAGCUUCGCAGAACACUAUUCGGCUGUACAAGACUACAGAAAUGCUGAGGCCUUUCGACUUGAUGCUAAGGUUGUGGCUCCCUUAACGAAGUAUGAUGCAAUCUGUAAAGAAAUGAAGAAACAGAUCAAGGAGAAUAUGUCAACGUUAGCAAAGGAAGAUAAAGCCAAACAAAAGCUGGCGAAAGCGACUGCAAAGGGAGACAGAAUGCUCAUUUCACGGGCCCAAUCAGAGUUCGAACAUGCCAAUCGACAUGCCGCCGACCACCAUGACAAGUUGGAAAGUGCGAUGGAGAAAUUUGAACAGCAGAAGCUUUCAGACAUCAAGAAAAUCUUGAAGGAAUUUGUAACAGUUGAAAUGCUCUUCCAUUCCCGGGCACUGGAGUACCUGGGCAAGUGUUUUGAAGACAUCACUUCGAUAGAUGAACAAGCAGAUUUGGAUAAAUUCAAUAACACAAUGAGCACUAUAGCAGGGACUCACGAGUACCCAGGUUUGCAACCAGUGGUCAGUCCACUGAGUCCAGGCCCGGCCGAUCCAUUCAUAACGUCCAGCCAGCCUGCCGUCGAACCCACCGUCUUCAGAGAUUGUGCGCCACACGUACGCAUAGAGUCUGAAACCGAGUCUGAAGACGAAUAUCACCAGACAUAUGAAGCAAAAACCACAAUCCAUUUCCAAAGUUCGUCAAAGCGGUGCUAAACAGCCUUCAAUGUAUGGCGAAGAUGACGACGAUGAUGAUGAGGGUGAUGAUGAAGAUAGUGAAAACCGGAACGUCCCACCCGGAUUGCAUUCAUAAACGUGAUCGAUUCCAUGGCAACAUUUAAAACAAUAUUUGUAACACAUGCUUUUGGCACUUAUUCUGUCUUAUCUCAAAACUGGAACCUUGGUUUCAGCAGGGUAUUUUCUCUCUCUCAACAAAUGCUGUAAUCAUUGAAAUUAAAAUCAAUUAACAACUGAAGAUAAAAAGAAGACUGAAGUGUAAAUAAUGUACAGCUAUGUCAACAUGUAUCACUUGUUCCAUGGCUACAUUUAAAACCACAUUUGUAACAUGAUUAAACUAUGGCUGUACACAUUUUGCUUUUGACUUAACUUUUCGCCAGUCAUAGAACUUUUAAUAUGGCCGAAGGCUCUACAAACUCAUAAUUUGCCUAUGCCUUUACCUACUGAUUUACAAAACUGGGACAUAUUUAAUUUGAAUUUCUUUUCCCAGUAAAUGUUUAACUGAUAAUAAGCAUAACAGUUAAAUGCUACAGUACCGGAUCAGCAACAUGCUAAAGCAGUUGCCCAGCAACUCUUUGAGACGUCACUUGUUUGGUUUGUCCAGCUACUGUUACACCAUCUAUACCGGUAACAAGAAAAAACAGACUAAACCUUCUAUCUGAUCACCUACUUGUAUGUCUAGUUUACUUUAUCGUUGGUUUGUGUACUGUUUAGUAAUGACAGGUUAAAAACAUAUUUUAAAUAGCAGUAUAAUAUUUAUUUAAAAGUUGUUCCAUAACUUCAUGUAUGUUCCACAAUUUCUCUUUCAAUUCACAUCACUCACAGGUUCACAUUUUUUAUUUAUUUUGUAAAAAUAUUUAUUGCCCCAGAUAUUUAUAUAUUGAUAAUGUCAGGUUCACAUUUUGGCCAGUUGUUUCACAUGAUCUCUUCUCAGUAGAAGCUGUGACUGAUGAUUAAGUUUACAUUAGGUUCCAGUAGUAGCUGAAAAUCUAAAUUUACUUAUGGACUUGAAAUACAUUAUUUAAAAUAAUUUUUAAGGACUUUUUAUACUCAAUUUGUAAAGAUAAAAUUAAUUAGAAAUUACACUGUACAUACAAAGAGUAUCUAUCGUGAGUGACUGUUGCAGAUGGGGGAAGUCCCAACUCAAAAUUUACAUCUAUUUGUCUUGAAACAUGCCUUGUCGAGUUUCACACAAAACAAUUGUAUCUUGAGGGUUGUGAUUUUCAUUCCUUUUUUCCAACAGACACUAACAACUAAUAUGUCCUGCCUACUCAACUCUACAGGUAUAACUUACAAUUAAUUUAAACAAAUAAUAUCAAAUUAUUCAACAAGUUUAUCACUGCUCAGCUUCUCUGUCCAGCACACACAACAAACAUGUUACAUAUUACCUAUCUUAUUUUGAAGUGAAGGGACAAAAAUAAUCACCCCCAAAAAAUAUUUAUAUCUCUAUACAUACUUCUGGCUCCAAAUUUUCGAAGCUAUCUUAGCACUGCAAUAUCAUAAAAACAUUGUAAGCUAUGACACAUGCCAUAGUCUACGAUGGUUUUACAAUAAUUUAGCGCUAAGAUAGCUAUGAAAAUCAGGGCCAUGGUAUACAUGUGAGGAAAUCACCGAAAGAAAUUAAUAUUCCAUAGCACUUGGAACAAUUAGAUUAUUGCAUUAGGUAGCUGGGGGUCAGAGGUACAAUUAACCAGCUACACAAAAAUAAAGACCAGCUCGUCUCAUAUUGGAUGCAGUUUUAUACUGUAAUUUCAUCUUAAACUAAGUAUCAUAAUGUAAUUAUAUUGACUCACAAAUAGCCAAAUGGCAUAUGAAAUAGUUACUCAGAAAUUUACACCAGUUUUUACAAGUAAUACAAAAUGAGUUCUGUACUAUGAUUUCAACAGAGUUAAAUAUUGUAAUAUAAUUAAACUUUCAAUUUGUAUGAUUAGCAAAUUUGCCAGUUUGCAAAUUUUAAAAACAAUUGGCAAAUUUUUAUUUUAAUUUUGGUGAAAUAAUUUCAUUUAAUAAUUGAAAUUUUGUUACAAAAUAAUGGGGAUUCUUCUAUUUUUAUUUUUUGUUUAGAUGAUUUGGUGAAAAUAUCUGUGGAGCCUGAGCUAGCCCUAGUAUCAUUGAUACUUCUUAAUAUCUUUUAAAGUUAAGUCUUGGUAAUUAUACGGCCGUCUUUGACCUGUUGUAUUAUGGUAUGGUGUCUGUCCGUCCGUCCGUCCAUAAACGUUUCACUUCCAGAGCAUAUCUUUCUUAUCAAUUCAUAUACAAUCAUCAAACCUUGCAUGCAGGUACAACUUGGGAUGAUGGUAUGUCACAUACCAUAUCUAGGUCACCAUGAUCUACUUUCCACACAUUACUAGACAUUAAAGGAUAACCUUGUCUGGGCCACAACUUCCUUAUCAAUUCAUAUAGGAUCAUCAAACCUUGCAUGCAAAUACAACGUGUGAGUAUAACUAGGUCACCACGACCUACUUUUUAUGGGCAUAUCAUGUACCUCACUGGUACUCUUUGUUUACCUUUGAAUGUCUGAUCAUCAGCCUAACUUCUGCUAAACAUGUGUUUCUUCCACAACCAUUAAGAGAAUAGAAAAUUAAUAAGACCGUCUUCACCUCACACAAACCAAAAGCAAAAUUUAGUCCUGGUGCCAAUUGUGUGAAUCAAAUUAAAUUUACUGGUGCUGUGAUAUUUUGAAACAUUUAAUCAUGCGGUUAAUCAUGACUUUAGUGUGUUCUUUUACUUGAGUUCAUAUACAUCAUGUUAUAAGACCUGUUUAUGUUUAUUACAUGUUAUGACUAUUGUGAUACAUAACCAGUACACAACUGUUACUCGUUUUAAACAGUACAAUAUUUUUAAGAAGCUGUUUAACAUUCAGAUUUAAAAAAUUAAAAUCGGAUAGUCUAUACAACUAAGGGUUUUUUUCAUGUCUGUUGUUUAUAAUAUUUAAUGUACUGUUAUAUAUAUAAAUAUAUAUAUUUUUGUUCAUAAGACUUAUCAAACUAUAAAGCAGUUACCUCCCCAUAUAAUGGAUAAACCAAAAUCCACAGUAGCCAAUCAAAAAUAAGUUGCUUAAAGGAAGGACAAAGUAUUUGGUCAUGUGACAGGAACUUUGGUCUAUGCGAGAAGUAAAACUACUUUUGAUUGACUGUUGAUACUAUAAUAUACAGAGGAAACUGCAACACUUUAAAUAAUAUUUUCAAAAUUUCCUUCUAACUAUUUAAUUAAAUCAUUAGGUCAGUUAAUCACCAGACAUUCCAUAUUUUGAUUAUUGACAGAUUUUAAUGGAUUAUCGUUUUGUAUAUAUUUUUCAUAUACAUGUGUAGAUGUUUGUUGUUUUCCCUUUUAUUUAUUUACUUUAUUUAAAUUGGUCAUAUAAAACGCAUACAGUUGAUCAUUAGUCAUGGUUUUUUAUGUUAGUUUACAUAUUUGUAUGUUUUUCCUGUUUUGUUUCUUUUCUUACUUUUAUUUAAGUUUGUCACUUAAAAGUCACAUUCCACCAUCUUUAGAAUUGUACAUAAAUUGUUGUUCAUAUAAAUUAUUGAUUUACGAAAUUUAAUUAUGUAGUUAUUUUUAUGUUUGUUACUUCUUAGUUGAAUAUUUUAUUAGUAUAAUUAGACACUGUUUGUGUAUUUUUUAAUGUUGUUUUUCUUUUAUACGUAUAUACAUUAUACAAUAUAUACUUGUAAAUAUUUUUUUAUGGUAGUUUAAAUAAUAUAUACCAUAUUGUACGAAAUAUUUGUUUGAUGCGUAUAUUAUGACUAAUUAUUGUGAUACAUAACCACUCCGUCCACUUAAUGAACAAUAAAAAAGAUAUAUAGAUGAAAAAAA